AUGCCGCCGCCGACGCCCGUGACCAUUGCCCCGCUCGGCGCGUUCACGUCUAGAAGCGGAAGCGCGGUGAUCGUUCGCGGUCCGCGCGGCGUGGGCGCGGUCGCGCUCACCGCGGCGCACGUCGCGUCGUUCGCUGGGAAGAAGAAUGUGCUCGAUGUGAAAAUCGGUGAGAAAACGCGUCGCGGGCGCGUCGUGGGCGUGCACGCCGAGCUGGAUCUCGCGCUCGUGGACGUCGAUGACGUCUUCGAUGACGCCUUGGUGUUGGACGUGAUGUCUGCGGACGAUAUUAGGGUCGGAACGAAGGUUGAGGCUUUGGGCGUCCCGCAGGCGUACGCCGGUAUCGCGAGCGCUGCCUUUCGGUUCGUUUUAGAGGGUAAGGGAUUCGACGAACCGCGAUUGGGGACGAUUAUGGCGACGUGUGGAGGUACGCACGCCAUGCACACCGCCGCGGUGGCGGCCGGGAUGUCGGGUGGGGCGCUCGUGGAACGCAAUAGUGGGCGCGUCAUCGGAGUGCACAGUUUUGGAGAUGCGUUCUUCGGUGGGAAGCGGGACGUGUGCGUGCUUGCGGAGCGAAUAAAAGAGAUCGAGGUUGAGGAUAAUAUCGAUCCGGAGGCCUACGAUUCGCGUCGAGUGAACGCAAUGAUCUUCGCGAGUAGCGACAAGGCGCUGCGAGAGUUGGCGCCCGAGCUCUCAGCAAGCGAGCGCGCGAAAUGGAUCUUUUGA